AUGGUAGAGAGAAGUUUCCAAUACCUCCCAGUGCUCAACUUCACCGAUAGCCCAUUCAAACAGUUCACCAUUCCCCAGGACUGGCGAGCAUGGGAAGUCGCAUGGCUUUAUCGGCUGCCCGCCAUCAUCACGCAUGAUACGGUGCCCGCUAGACUGAUCGAGAAUGGAUGUAUCAUUGACAAUGUUGCCAAUUGUCAUAAAGCGUGUGGAAGCGAAGAAUAUAUGUUUUCGAAUCCCGCAACGCUAUGGAACUGCCUGACCUUGGCGACCGUUGCUAUGAUGUCUACCAAUCGCGGACCGGAUUCCAUAAGCAGCCAGACAUUGGAAGAAGUGGACAGAAAGUUCAAUACCGGUCCGCUGAGUGAGUUCUGGAGACUCGGGGCAUUACUGAGCUACGUCAAAUGUGCGCUACAGUCCUGUUCUGACUCCAAGUUCGGCGGCUGUCCGCCGGAGCUGUGGACGUUUCAAUGCCAAAUGAUCACAUCAAAGAACAUCAAGGACCUGGGCCGGAUCAUGAGUGCGGAGUACUGCGACAAAGCUGAUCCUGGGAUUGACUACGAUAUUGCAGGGCCUGGUAUAAUCGUGGCAUAUCUCAUCCAGUUCACGAUAGUCCUAUUCUUUGCAUUGUGCUACAAGAUCACCAAGACUUGGGUAAGAAACUUCACCCUUAUUUCGCUUCUUCCGCUCCAAGGGCCUGCUAGAGCCGUCGAGACGGCAUUUCACUGGCAAAAAGUGGCCACGAGGAGUAGUUUCGGUGUAGCAGUUGCCUCAACCCUGAUCGAUCUCCAAGAAGCUCAAGCUGUGUUUCUCGGUACUAUCUCAAUAGCCACUAUCAUCACAUUCUCAGGUUCUAGCGGAACAGGACUCGGUAACAUCAGUUCACUGCUCUCCUGGCUAACCAACAACCUCACCGCGAGGGGCAUGGUAUCAGCUGGAAUGUAUCCCCUGCUAUUCGUCCAGCUCAUCCUUCAAAAAACUCACAAUCGUUGGUGGUAUACGCUUGCGCUUGUGUUCGUCAACUGGGUUCUUGUUAUACUCAUUGCUCGUCCCCAGACUAUUGAUGAGCCUUCGUUAUUGAGACACUUCAAUGAGACCUCGCCUCUGGAACGUUGCGGGAAUCAUACUGGGCCUAGGACGUUUUGUCAGACGUUCAACAAGGCUGCGGAGAGAGGUUCUAGUUCCACUACUGGUGAAGAGGUUGGUCAUCUGGAUCGAGAUGCGGAGAGCUUCUUCAAGUUUCACUCUAGAAUACAGGCGCCAAUGCAUGUGAUCAUGGCAUUCCUGAUUUUAGAUUGGAUACUUGCCAUGAUGAGGAUGCAUCUCUUUGAGCGGGGCGACUGGUUAUCUCACAAAGCCCGUGCUUUGAUGGAUAGCUUGCCUUCGUGCCUGAAGUCGUUUUACACCCAGAAGCACUUCGUGCUCUUCACAGAAGCUAUUUGGAUCUCGAUGGAGGUCCUAACUAUCGUCAUGGGUGCAAUCGGCGUACAUGAGUUUGCGGCAUUUGUGCAUCUCCUCAGCGGCGGAGAAUCUGGCAGUGAGAGCAAGAUCGCCCUAUCGAAAUGGGGCUUCGGACAGCUGGUAGCAGUAUGUGUCUGGGUUCCUGUUAUCCUCAAAUUUGCUUGUCUCUUAGUUGAUGGGGCUCUGCCUGGUUGGAGAAAGCGGUUGGGCCAGUUCGUUGAGAUCACGCAGCGCAAAGAAACUGAAACUGAUGAGAAUGAUGUUGUUAUGGAAACUUUGCUUCCGUCUAGGCCUACCAAGAGGGGUCAGACGGACGAAGUAGAGGGACGUACUUUGACGGCGAGACGGUCUUGGGGUAGAACAUAUGACUAG